GGCCAGCCCGCCGUCGUGGAGCUCCUGGCCGCCUACCAGAUCCCGCUCGACUGCCAGGACCUGGACGGCAGCACGCCGAUGCACCUGGCCGCGGCGGAGGGCCACGCGCACACGCUGGAACAGCUCGCGCUCCGCGGCGCCCCGCUGGACGCCCGCGACGCCGAGGGCCGGACGCCGCUGCACCUGGCCGCGGCCGAGGGCCGCCUGCAGGCGGUGGAGGCGCUGGGGGGCCUCGGUGCGGACCCGGGCGCGAUGGACGCCUCCGGCAGCACGCCGGCGGACCUGGCCGCGUCUCUGGAGGAC